AUAGUAGUUUAGUGCAGGCUUAGCUUCCAGUACGCGUUUAUUUAUUUAUUUAGUUAACUUUUGAGGGAGGUGUUUCUUGAGUGAAGCUCUAAUGGCAUUCGGAGUUCACUAAGGCUGUGGAGGUAUAGGUGUAGUACUGCUUUCCGGUUAACUGAGUCAAAUGCAGAAUUUCUUAAAGCAUUAACGUGCAUACCUCUGCUUUUAAAUUUGCCAUGAGGUUGCCAGUCUGUUCAUUACGUAACUCUCGUUCUUUGAAGUUCUUGCUCAGUUCAUGAACUGGCAUGUGCAUCCUAAAAGUCACCCAUUCUGGUCAUUGACUUAACAGUUGGAUGGCUUGUCUACGGUUCUUACCACUUCUUGAUUGUUUAAUAUAUGGCUACUAAAAGCUUACUAUCUGAUCUUACACUUCAGUUUGUGGAUUUCUUAUGUCACACGUUAAGAUCUGGAAUCAGUGUGUCUGGUUUUAAACACUGGAGGUUGUAUGUUGGUGCAUCAUGGAGAACGUUUGUCACCGAAGAAGUACUGAGGAGAUCUGUUCUGAAUGCUGUUUAAAAAUGGGGAUGAGAAUGCAGACUUACGAAAUUCAGAACAACUACAGAUAAAGUGCAUCGUCAAGUAGCAGGGCAGCGGAUUUCACUUCGCAAGACACGAAGGCCAUAUAAGAAAAUCCUGCCCUUGAAUUCUCUCCUUGCUUUUUUGGCAUGGCCAUCACAUCUGUUGAGAAGAUAGAUUAAAAAGUGCAGAGGGUCUGGCUGGGAUGGAGCUAACUUUCCUCGUAGCGGCCGCGGUGGUGCUGUAUUUUGGAUUGGUGGCUGGACAGUGUUGACAACACACCACGCUAUUGCUGCGCAGCCCUCACCCAGCAUCAAGGCUCUCUCUUUUCCCCGCUCAGCCACUGCAGCCAGCAGGCAGGGAGUAGGCAAGAGGUUGUGAGGGGACGCAGCCGGGGCAGCUGACCCAGACUGACCAAUGUAACGUUAUGCUCAGCAACAUGAACUGAGGUAGAGGAAGAAGAAGGUUUUUGUUUGGUUUCUGUGGAGGGAAGUGUCUUUUUGGCUUCUAAGGUGGCCGUUGUUUGGAGGGAGGCUGGGAAUCAGUCCACCUGUGGGAGGUGGUGAGUGAUUUCCUUUGUUUUGCUUUUUUUUCUUCACCUUUUAAAGUUUCUUUUAUCUUGACCCACAAGUUUUCUUGCCUUUCCUCUGAUUUUCUUCCUCAUCCUGCUGGUGAGGAUGGGGUAAACAAUCAACCGUGUGGGUGCUGGCUGGGGUCAAUGCUCCACAAAGCUACACGGAGAGCUGACGGUCUUCAGUGCAAGUAUUAAACAAGCAGUUGGUUUGGGUUUGUUGUGUUUAUAAAGUGCUGAUGUAGAAGUGACCUAGAACAUGAUAGUUACAGAACUUAGUCUUUGCUCUCGUUUUCGCUAGGUUUAAGCGGAGUGACUAGUUACUGUGAUCAGUAGGUAACUUGGCACCAGGAUCUAGUGCUUCAUGGUUAUUGAGCAAGGAUUUUGUAGAGGGCAUAUUCACAAAUGCUUGUCAUUGGGGCCUUGGACUCUUGUUUUUUUUAGAGGGAUGUAGUUAGUUGUUCUGGGAGCUUGUCUUUGUUCUGAGAGUGCUGUGCUAUGUGUUGUGUGAUGUUAGAUGGUAAUGUUAAAAACCCGGAUGUGGUCAAGUCAGUGGAUUAAGUGAUAGCUGUUUCUUACUUGUGAAAGGCAGUUAACAUUUAGGGAAAAUACAGAAUUUUGUUUUGUGAAUUGAAGCACUUGCUGAAGUUUCUUCUUGCUGCCUAGUUUUGUUCUGUUAAUAGUCUUCAUUGUGGACGUUAAGUGCAGUGCUGGACUGGUGAAUAGCGUACUCCUGUUGUGAGACUUGAAAGCAGGUGGAUUUUGGAAGAACGGACACACACUGUAAUCUUGAGAUGGACUUGCGCAUCUUUCAAGGACUCAAUGAAUUGAGGGUUUUCCCCUGAAUUCACUGUCAAUCUGUUUGAUUUCAACAGUUCGGUAUGGCACAAUCGAUGACCAAAUAACUUCAUCGUGUUUUCAUCAUUUGCAGAAGUCAACUUAACUUUUGAAUUUCCUUUGCUUCUAAAAUGGCAACACAAAGAUGCAGUGCAUAACGUGUUGGGAUGCGGAAGGAGUUCUUCAUUUUGUCCCAGAUUGUGGUUUCUUUACAUGCCUGGCUUUAAUAUUAGCCACUGCUAUGGAUGAGCUGCAGCAAUGUAGCACAGUUUGUAAACCAAAGUACAGAUAUCAGCCAUUAAUUGUGUUUCAUUUUCUUUCCACAGUUAAGUUGGUUUUACAGAAUUUAUCAGGUCUUCCAAGCAGAAACAGGUGAUUUUUGCUGUGGGUUGAGCUCAGCAUGGCUGUAGUCAUCCGUUUACAGGGGCUUCCUGUUGUUGCGGGUCCUGCAGAUAUUCGUCGUUUCUUCUUGGGAUUGAAUAUUCCCGAUGGAGGUGUGCAUAUUAUUGGAGGAGAAAUUGGGGAGGCUUUUAUUAUAUUUGCAACAGAUGAAGAUGCACGGCGUGCCAUGAGCUGUUCAGGAGGGUUUAUCAAGGACUCCCGCGUAGAGCUCUUUCUCAGCAGCAAGGCGGAGAUGCAGAAUACCAUAGAAAUGAGCCGGAAACGAUUUGAUCGUGGGGGACGAGAAACUCUGUCUGGGUCUAGACGAACAGGUGCUAAUGGUUCUGGUGCAUCCGGUGUCGGAGACAUUUCGCAUUUAGUCGCGGCUAUUACGAAAGGAAUAAAUAAAUCUGGUUACGGUCCGCCAAAUCACCCGGAGGCUGGUUUCCAUGCCAAUGGCACAAGACAUGGUGAUGUAGGCAUGCCUAAAUCAAGCUAUCAGUCAAGAAAGGAUUCUCAUGCGUUUAACCCAGAUGAUCUGUACUUAUUCCUGCGUGGCAUACCGUACUCUGCGACAGAAGACGCAGUGCGUGCGUUCCUUUCCGGAAUACGCGUGGACGGAGUGAUUCUGAUAAAGCACCGUAACGGUUUAAAUAACGGUGAUUGCUUGGUAAAAUUCGCUACACCUGGUGAUGCCUUAGAGGGACUUAAACGCCACAGGCAGUACAUGGGGCAGAGGUUCAUAGAAAUCAGUCCGACUACAGAGGAACGGUGGAUUGAGUAUGGCGGGAGGGUAGACGUGCCGAAUGAGAUGGAUCACUUCUUCAAAGAACGUUCUCCAAGAAGUUCGGGCUACAUGCAUGCAAGGAAGCAUUCUCAUUCGAGAUCACCAAGGAGACAAAGAACGCGUUCUCGUUCGCCUCCCAGCCAGGAAUAUUACAUACACCUAAGGAAUCUUUCAACUAACGUGGAGAAGAGAGAUUUGAGAGCUUUUUUCCCUGAUCUGGAUGUAUGCAGCAAACAAAUCAAACUUCUAACGGACAAGCAUCAGAGGAGGACUAGAGAUGCCUUUGUGAUGUUAAGGAGUGAGAGAGAUUAUCAGGCUGCUUUGGAGUGCCAUAGAAAGGUUCUUCUCAACCGUCCCGUUUACAUUUUUCCAAUUUCAAAAAAGUCUAUGUUGAAAAUAAUUGAUUCUUACGAGAGGAGAAGAUCUCAGGAAAGAGAUCUUCCUGGACAGGCCAUGACAGACAAAAGUUACCGGGAAGGUCAUUCUGGCCCUAAGGUGUGUGCGUAUGUGAGGAAUUUUCCAUUUGAUGUGACAAAAGUCGAAGUGCAAAAGUUCUUUGAGAGAUUUGAUAUUGAUGAAGAUGACAUUUACUUGCUCUAUGACGACAAAGGAGCUGGGCUGGGAGAAGCCUUAGUGAAGUUUAAAUCUGAAGAACAAGCCAUGAAAGCGGAAAACUUAAAUCGUCGAAGGUUCUUGGGAACGGAGGUGUUACUGAGACUGAUAUCUGAAGAGCAGAUGCAGAAGUUUGGAGUAACUGUUCCCUUCUCUGCCCCAAAUGAGAUGCAGGGGCAUUCGCACGCGUAUGACAGAGGUGAGCUUUCCCGUCCGGUUGGUUCACCGCCUGGACCACCGCAAGGGCCACCCAUGCACUCGUUUGGUCCCCCUGGGAACUUCAGGCAUCCUUCUGAAUUUAGGCACCCCCCUGAGAACUUCAUGUGCCCUCCUAAGGAUUUUAGAGGUCCGCCACCCCUCAUGGAUUUUGGUGGUGACAGCGAACACUUCGGCAGAAUGGAGUUCGGGAAUAAUAAAAUGGGGAAUUUCCCAGAAGGAAGAUUUAUGCCGGACCCAAAUUUCAGUGGUGGUGGUGGUUCUGACCGUGUUGUUCCUAUUCGAUUGAAAAAUUUACCUUUUAAAGCGACUCCUAAUGAGAUUCUGGAUUUUUUCUAUGGCUACAGAGUCAUACCGGAGUCGGUUUCCGUACAGUAUAACGAACAAGGAUUGCCUUCGGGUGAUGCCAUUGUUGCUAUGACAAACUAUGAGGAAGCGAUGGCUGCUAUUAACGAAUUGAAUGAUAGGCCAAUUGGUCCCAGGAAAGUUAAGCUGAGCUUGCUGUAAAGGAGGAAAAGAUGCUCUAGAAUAAAACAUUCUAGAUUUGACAGUAUUGACAGUUGUUUUUACGUUUUUAAUUACUAGAAGUUGAAGAAAAAACGGUUUCCAUCAACGGUUGUAAAUAAUAUCUAGUUCAGGUGUUUAGCUCUGGGUUGAAAUAUCUGUAUGGUUAAGAUUUGAGAAAUGUAUUGUGCCUACUUCUUGUGGCAGAGAAGAACCCUGAGAUUCCGGAGGACAUUGAAUAUUUUACAGCAAGGUAUAAAAGCAUGGAUUUCUAAUGCUUUUUUUUUUUUUUUUUUUUUUUGCUUUAAUUCCAUGUCCCCUGACUUUGCAUCAAAUAAAAUUGUAAGUGCUGGUUGUCUGACCACGCAAACGGUUCAAACAGAAAAACUUCAGUGCUAUCUGCAUUAGUCAGUAACUGUUCUUAUUGAGGGUAGCUUAAUAAAAUUAAAAAAGACUGAUUUUUUUUUUUUUCAUGUAAGCUGUUCAGGUUUUGUUUGGUUUCAUGUGUUUGCAGGCAUCCCUAUUAGAAGAAAAAAAGAUCUGUUCACAUUAGCUGGCUUUGCUGGCUUUGCAACUUUUUUAAUAAAAAAGAAAUUGUUAUUAA